AUGCAGAUCUCACGCAUUCCGUCUUACGAGGAGGCCAGCAUGGCCGGUGCGGACUAUACGCUGUCGCCCAUGUCGCCUCUCGCUCAUCUGAGCAAGAAGAUUGACGUGACGAAGCUAAAGACGAAGGCAUGCCGCUACUUUGUACUCGGUGUGACGUGCCCGUUCGGGGAUAGCUGCGCUUUCUCUCAUAGCGAGCCCGUCUCCCCCGCCGCCUACGCGCCGGGGCGGAUGUCUGCGAAGAGCCCUGUAAGCCUCAACUUCGAGGACUUAUCCAAGUCCGGGAGUGGCCAUCUGAGCGACACGCAGUCUAAUGACGCUGCUGGGGAGGUGACGGAGCGCGUUGUGUUUGGGCAGCCUCCGCCGGCCUACGAGAUCGCCCUCAGGGAGUCCGAGACCUUGGCGGCCGCCUCAGCGGCAGCUGAGGAGCUGUCGACCCCGCCGGCAUACCCCAAACGCUUCCGCUUCGACCCCUACAGCGUGAACUGGAUCGCCUACGAGAAGACUGCGUAA